AUGCACAUGAAUAACUCUUCUGAUGUCACAUCUCUUCUUUCACUGGAAAGCUUUAACAUUCCCCCUGGAUGGGUCUACCCUGCAUUCAUUUUUGGAAUGUUAAUUUAUUGCAUUAUUCUUUUCUGUAAUCUAAUAAUCCUUAUUACAAUUGCUAUGGAGAAACAUUUACAUGAACCAAUGUAUCUACUAGUUUUUAAUCUCCCUAUCAAUGACCUUAUGGGAGCAACUGCCUUAUUUCCCGCUUUAAUGAAAGAAAUUUUACUUGAUUCAAGGUCAAUAAGUUAUACAGCCUGUGUCAUACAGGCUUUCUUUGUCCACAUUUAUGCAGUGGGUUCUUUGUUGAUACUAAUAGCAAUGGCAUUUGAUAGAUAUUUAGCGAUAUGCUGUCCUUUAAGAUACCAUGCAAUUAUGACUAAUACCUGUUUAUUAAAAAUUAUUGUUCUGAUUUGGAUAGUUGAUGUCACUAUGAUAGUUGUGCUUUUUCUUAUGGUUCUGCGGUUACCACACUGUCGGUCCUUGAUUUCUAACAUUUAUUGUGAUAAUCCUUCUCUUGUGAGACUAGUCUGUGCAGAUACAAGCACAAAUAACAUUUAUGGGCUCUUUAUAACAUUUUCUUUACAGGCGUUAUCUAUAAGUGUUGUUAUUUAUACAUACCUCCAGAUACUUUUCACGUGUUUGAAUAACAAACUGUCUGACGCUAAGGGUAAAGCCAUUCAGACUUGUGGUACUCAUUUAGUAAGCUUUGUUAUUUUGGAAGUUACUGGUGUUCUUCCUAUACUUGCAUAUCGUAUUGAGGGAUUUUCACCUCAUGCAAAGAAAAUAUUGUCAAAAAUAUUGUCAGUGUUUGUCUUAGUAUUUCCCCCGACACUGAAUCCAAUCAUAUAUGGCCUCAGAACAAAGGAGAUCAGAAGCAAAAUACCACUGGUUUUCAAUCGAAAAGUGACACCAUUCUAG